GCACUGCCGGGGACGGGAUCAGCGGGGCGGCGGAGCCUCCGCCAGGGGGCGGGCGGGAACGCCACCUCCCCUUCCGGCCGCCGCCGCGAUGCCGAUGAAGGGCCGCUUCCCGGUGCGCCGGACCCUGCAGUACCUCAGCCAGGGCGAUGUCGUGUUCAAGAGCUCGGUGAAGGUGAUGACCGUGAACUACAACACGGCGGGAGAGCUGAGCGAAGGCGCAAGAAAGUUCGUGUUUUUCAACAUCCCCCAGAUCCAGUACAGGAACCCCUGGGUGCAGAUCAUGCUGUUCAGGAACAUGACUCCCUCGCCCUUCCUCCGGUUCUACCUGGACAGUGGAGAACAAGUUUUGGUUGAUGUGGAAGAUAAAACCAACAAAGAGAUAACAGAGCACAUUAAAAAAAUCCUGGGGAAAAGCAAAGAAAUGCUUGAAAAAGAAGAAAGAGAAAGGAAAAAACUAUCACAUCCAGCAACCUUUGGGCCCAAGAAGUAUCAUCUGCGAGAAUGCAUGUGUGAGAUUGAAGGCCAAGUUCCCUGCCCUGCUUUUGUACCAUUGCCCAAAGAGAUGAGGGGAAAAUACAAAGCUGCUAUGAAAAAUGAGGCAUGAGCCUGACAUUUCAAGAUCUCAAGUUAUGCAGCUGUUUUUCCUCAGGGCUGGACAAUGAAGGUGCUUCAGUGAGAGACAAGAGCAAACAGUUCCUGGGAACAGGAACAAGCAAGUUCAUUCAAUACAGACAACUCUGCCUCAUAAGCCUUCUUACAUCUACAACUAGAAUAAUGAAGUGAAAAAUAAAUAAAAGUUAAAACUGGCACAAAAAAAAAAAGCUGUGGUUAUACAAAGUAUUGCAAGUCAACACUGGAAAACAAAAUUAAUAUAGUCUUAUUUCUUAUUCAUGCCUGCAGGUAGCCAAUUACGGCUAUGCCAAGAUCAUAUUUUCUUUGGGCUAGAGAGGCUAUCUUAGAAGUAACGCAGAAUUCCAUAUUUUGUAGAAAGUGGUGCAAAAGUCCAUAUUGUACCAACUGAAAACAGCCAAAUGAUAAUAGAACUCCAGUCUCAAUUGAAUUUUCCUAAUUUAUGUAGUUAUGAAUCAGAAACAGUUCAGAGUCUCAUUUCCAGCAAGAUACAACUUUUGCAGUUGAUACUGCAGCAUUUCUGAAUUCAUGGUUGAAUACAAAAUUCCACACUGAUGCAAGCAUCCUGUACAAACUGUCAUGGACAAACACAACACAAAAUAAACAUGUUGUUUUAUUUCA